AUGGGCGAGCCCCACCGGCGCCGCAGCCCUCGCCUCGCUUCGCCCGCGGGCCCCGGCCCUGCUGCCCGCGGCCGCUCGGAGCGCGCUCGCUCGCUCGCAGCGGCGGCGCCUUCCCCGGCCGGGCGAGGACGGGAGGCGGAGGCGCUACGGGGCGGGGAUCCCAGCCGCCACCGCCCCCUCGCCGAGGAGGCCCCUCGGGGCGGCGGGGCGGAGGGAGCGGCCGCGCCGCCAUGUUGGGAAGGUCACGCGAGGAGAAGCAGGACCGGCGCGGCAGCGGAGGGGGCGCCGCGGGGGGCGCCCGCUCGGCAGCCCGGGGGGACCGCGACGGAGGGCCUGGGGGAUAGGUUCGGAGAGAGAGAAAACCCCCAAGCCUGUGGUGGCCGGGGAGGGGUGCGGCGGGUGCUCCAGCGGCAAGUGAGAAGGAAGACUAAUGUCAUUGAAGAUGCUGAAUUAGAAAACUAUGUGUUUGUGUUCCGAUACACAAUGACAGCGUUGUCUCGGCCACAGAGGGAUUCCGGGAAGCCCAUCAGCCUCCACUGCUCUGUAGUGCAAACACAGCUUCUCCAGGAAGAUAAUGUUGAACUGUGGUACUAAUUCUACUGGAUGCAAAGGAAACGAUUCAUUUCUAUGUACGUACAGAGCGAGGAACAGCUGUUUCUGUCUCUCUCCAGGUGGCAUGGGUGCACUUCUAGGCAAACUGCAGGGAGUCGUGCACUUCUCACUCAGGAUGCUGGUGCAGGCCUGGGUUGCUUUGAGAUUGGAAAUACAAGGUGGGCCUCCAAUUUGGUGAGAACAAAGUUGCAUUUCUUAUAUAAGAGAAUUGCCCAAGCCAUCAAGUAUUGAGGCGAGGCCUUGGUAGACAUCAUGGAGCACGUACCAGAAAGGCUGGGCAUCUUCUACUCUUUCUGGGAGUUGUCCUCAGUUUAGAAAGUGGGUAGAGAAGCAUAGGGAUACAAAAACAUGGAUUUCUGGUCUAGACAUACGAACUCUAUUUGGAAGCUUGGGAGAUGACACCAGCAAUAGGUAGCUCCUGUCAAUGGAUACUCAUGUUGUAACAUGUUAGACAGUUCCCAUUACAGCCCAAUAAACUGCAACCGAAUAAGAAAAAAAUCUCUGCUCCCAGGACUUAAAGCUGGAUUUCCAGUUGAACAAGUGUUUAUUGGUAUUGUAAGGAGCCUUUUUUCUGUGUAAUAGAAAUACUUAUGCUUUAUGGAAUAAUAAUUUUGAUCAUAUAAUUUUAAGUGAUAGAAAUAGUCUGUCCUGCAACAAGAGUAAUGUAUACAUCUACAACCUGGA